AUGUCUUACAAGCGUCUCUUGGAUUUUAUCAAGAAAUUAAAUGUUUAUGAUGAAGACGAAACUUUGUCUCACUUUGAUCAAAUCCUUUCAACAAGGAUUUUUCUUUCUUUAAUGAUAAUCAUUUUCACAAUCAUUAUCAUUUCUACCAGUUUAAGUUUCCAACCAUAUCAUAAAACUGUUCUAUUUCCAUCUGAAAAUACAUUCAAAAAUCUGUCUAUUCGUUAUCCAACUACACGUUCCUGUUUAUGUCGACAAAGUUCAAUUCGUCAAGAUAAAUUUACUUCAUUUAAUCCACGAUUUCAUCCAAUAUGUACAAGUCAAUUCAUCGAUCCAACAUUUCUUCAAUCAUUAUUUGACAAGAAUGUUAGUGAUUAUUGGCCAUUUGAUUAUCGUAAGAUGGUAGCUGCUCAUUUUCAAUUAAUUACUUUAUACUGUCGACAUAUGAAACAAAAAACUUUCGAUGUUAUCAAAGAAUUUUCAUCAAAAUAUCUCAUCACUGCUGAAGCUUUAACAAAUGAUGUAUUUAAUACACAAGCCAAAGAACUGAUUGAUCAUUUUAUAUCGGUGACUGUUGCUAAAAAUAUGUACAUCAAUGAAUUUAUCGAAUUUAGUAUUUCCAAAAACAGUAUUCACACAGGUCUUCGUUCGAAUUAUCUUAUGAAAAUCUUUCCAUCAAGGGUCAGUUCUGGACCAGUAACUUAUCAGACAACUGAUGAUAUGUGUAAAUGUUCAGCUGAUGAUGUUUGUUCAAGUCCAGCUGGCAUUUAUAAUAUAACCGAACGAACAAAAAUUAUGAACGGGAAUAUAUUUCAUAUAAAUCAGUCUGAUACACCGUUGAUAUUUCAAUUACCUAAUAUUAAAGUUGGUUCUUAUCCAUAUAGUUCAUUACAUUCAUCGACACUCGAAUGUUUUUAUAAUCAAUCAUGUAUUGAUCUUCUUCGUUCUUAUAUUCCUGGAUUUUCAUUUGUUUCUCCAUUGAUAUCAUCAGAUUUUCCUCCAGAAACAUUUGUCAAAUCUUUAAUCAAUAAACUAUUCGUUGAAUCGUGGAAUGAAGUGAUUAAUUUUAGUAGUUAUUAUCAAAUUUGUUCUCCACAUUCCUGUGUUUAUUCAUACAAUCGACGAUUUAAUUUCUUAUAUACUCUCACUGUUGUUCUUGGUCUUUUUGGCGGUCUGAAGAUGAUUUUACUGAUAUCUAUUCCAUAUUUCAUUCAAUCGAUACGACGAAUCAAAAUAAUGAUAUAUCAACGAUGGAAACGAAGGAAGACCACGACAGUUAUUCAAUCGAACGAAGUUCAAAGUAAUUUAUUUUUCCUACUUCUUUUUUUCAGACACGAUCUUCUCCAUUCUGUAAUACACAUUAUCCCAUAG